AUGCGGGGAUUGAUACCAUUACACCUGGAUGACAGCGUGUGGCGAUCUGUACAUGCUCUUGGACUGGCCGUCACCUGGCCACGUUCACUCGUCGGCCGGGACUCUCCUUUGGCACCACCGCCUUGGACACCCCUCUCUGCCCCACCUUCGUGGCAUGCACUCUCGUCUUCUGAUCUCUGGUCUGUGCCUUCCCUCUCACCCUCGCCUGCCCUGCCCUACAUUCCUUGCGUCGAGGGGCGGCAGCGCGCCACUCCUCACUCCUCCUCGUUUCCCCCGACGACUGCUCCCCUGCAGACUCUCCACAUGGACGUGUGGGGCCCAGCCCGCGUCCAGGGACAGGGCCGCGAGCGCUACUUUCUGCUGGUUGUCGACGACUACUCGCGUUACACCACGGUCUUCCCCUUGCGUAGCAAGGGUGAGGUCCCUGCUGUUUUGAUCCAUUGGAUCCGAGCUGUUCGUCUCCAGCUGCGCAAGCGGUUCCUCAUGUACCUUCCUGUCCUGCGUCUGCACUCUGACAGAGGUGGUGAGUCUUCCUCUGACCUCUUGAGGUCCUUUUUCAUGGAGGUCGCUCGUACCUCCAUGAUCCAUGCGGCUGCUCCCCAUUUUCUGUGGCCGUUUGCAGUCCGGUACGCGGCGCAUCAGCUCAACCUCUGGCCCUGUGUCUCCUUGCCGGAGACCUCGCCCACACUGCGUUGGACGGGGGAGGUUGGCGAUGCGUCGCGGUUCCGGGUCUGGGGUUCCUGUGCCUUUGUCCGCGAUUCCACCGCGGGCAAGCUCUCCUCUCGCGCCAUUCCCUGCGUCUUCCUCGGCUUUCCCCCUGAUGGGCCUGGCUGGCAGUUUGACCACCCCAUCUCGCGCCGUGUCUUCCCCUCUCAGGACGUCACGUUUGACGAGUCGGUCCCCUUUUACCGUCUCUUCCCCUACCGCACUGCCCCUCUCCCCCCCCCCUCGCCGCUCUUCCUUGCUCCAGGUCCCCCUCCGGUAGACCCCCUCCCCCCUCAGGAUCCAGCUCCUUCAGGUGUCUCUCAGGUAGACCCACUUCCCUUAGCUGAGCCUGUCGAGGUCACUGGUGACUCAGGUGCUGCUGGGGGUGGUGCUGCUCGGGGUGCUGAGCCUGGGGGUGCUGAGCCUGGGGGUGCUUCUCCUGGGGGUGCUGAGCCUGGGGGUGCUGAGCCUGGGGGUGCUGCUUCUGGGGGUGCUGCGCCUGGGGGCACUGAGCCUGGGGGUGCUGCUUCUGGGGGUGCUGAGCCUGGGGGUGCUGAGCCUGGUGGAGCUGGGUCUACUGGUCGUCUUCCGGCGCUGCUGGAGCUGGAGGCGCUAGAGCUGGAGGCACUGGAGCUGGAGGCGCUGGAGCUGGAGACCCUGGAGCUGGAGCCGCUGGAGCCAGAGGCAGUGGAGCUGGAGGCGCUGGCGCUGGAGCCGCUGGAGCCGGAGACACUGGUGCUGGAGGCGCUGGAGCUGGAGGCACUGGAGCUGGAGACACUGGAGCUGGAGGCACUGGAGCUGGAGGUGCUGGAGCUGGAGGCGCUGGCGCUGGAGGCGCUGGAGCCGCAGACACUGGAGCUCGAGGCGCCGGAGUUGGAUGCGCUGGAGCUGGCACUACUGGAGCUGGCGGUGCUGGCGCUGGAGCGCGUCCCACUGCCGUCUCCUCCUGCGUCCUCUCUUCCUGAGCUUCCUGACCCUGAGUCUGACCGUGUUCGUGCUGCUAGCCCCACAGUCACACGUUUUCUGGCUACAGUCGUCACUGACCCGUCGUUUGAGUCCACUGCUGCGUCUGCCUUAGUCGCUGAGCUUGUCGACUUUGCUGCUGCGUGUCGUCUAGACUACGCUGCCAGUCUUGUUGCUGAGUCUGAUUCUGUCUGUCCUCCGUCCGUCGGGGGUGAGUGUGCUCUUGGCACAGACGUCCUUGAGGACAGGCCGGAGAACUUUGAGUCUCUUGCGGCUGCUGUACCUCAUCUCGUGGCCUGGCUGCUUGCACCUGAGGGAGACCCGGAUGCACUGGACAUCCCAACCCCGCGCUCUUACGCAGAGGCGAUUUCGGGUCCCUACUCCUCUCAGUGGCAGACAACCAUGGACGCAUAG